AUGAUAACCCACGAUAACCAGGCCACCGAGUGUGCCUAUAUGAUAACCAUGAUAACCCACGAUAACCAGGCCACCGAGUGUGCCUAUAUGAUAACCACAAUAAUCCAUGAUAACCAGGCCACCGAGUGUGCCUAUAUGAUAACCACAAUAACUCACGAUAAUCAGACCACUGAGUGUGCCUAUAUGAUAACCAUGAUAACCCAUGAUAACCAGGCCACUGAGUGUGCCUAUAUGAUAACCACAAUAACAAUAACAAUAAAAUGA